AGUGCUCGGCCGGCCCGCGCUAGCGACACAUCGCUCCGUCGUCGUUCCGUUUCGCACCCGCACAGGAGUUCCGUGCGCGCGUUAGUGCGUGCGCGCGCGCUCGUGCGUGUGUGCGUGCGUGCGUGUGCGAGAGCUGGAGGCGACAGGGCAUGCAUCUGGCCGACAAACAUGCAGAAAGAAAGAACUCGACUUCGAAGACCAGCUGUUACCUGCUCGCGGACGCUUCUAGUAUGCCGCUGCGAGACCUGGGGCUCCGCCGGCUGUGGGGCGCGGCGCGCAAGUCGGGCAGCAGCGACAGCCGCACCGAGGACGACAGCGACGCGGAGCAGCGCGCCGCCGCCUGCUCGUUGCCCCUGCUGCAGGUGUGGCCGAGCCAGGACUCGCCACGCGGCGAGGGCGACGGCCAGUGCUUCGUGUUCCACGCCGAGGAGGGUGGCGGCCCGCAGCACGAUUCCGGCAUCGAGUCCGUGCAGGUGAGCCCAUCUCCAGGAGCCACCCACUGCACCGCCCCCUCGCCUUCGCCGCCCCUGGCGUCGCGCCGCGCCAGCAGCAGCCUGCUUCACCCCGACCACGCCCGACUGCCGAGGCUGCCGCCGUCGCCCGAACACGCGGUCCCCGAGGACGCGCCGUCUUGCUCCUCGUCCACCACGUCGUCCAUGACGAGCGUCGCCAUGGCGCUGGACCGGCGCCGCAGCUCCGCCAUGACCACCCGCUACUCGCUGCUCGACGCGCUCGACCUGGAGUACGCGCUCCUGCGCGCCGCCGCGCGCGGCAGCAUCGGGCCCUACAGCCUGUCCGAGUCGGUGCACAAGCUCACCUUCACGCAGUCGCUCGCCUUCCCGGCGUUGGCGCGGGCCAUGGCGGGCAAGAGGCGGCGCAGCAGCGCGGAGCGUCCACGGGGUAGCUCCGCGCCGGACCCCCGCGGCGGCGACUCGGGCAUGAACGCCUUCGCCAAGAUAGUCACGGCGCUGGUGCUGGUGCUGGUCAGCGUGCUGGUGUUCGCCGUCGUGUACAAGUUCGUGAAGACGUGAGGCUUACUCGUGUCCCAGCUGCCGGGACACUACGACGCGCUCAGCGGCAACCAUAGCGGGCCGCUCGGGAGCGGGGCGUAGUGGCCUGGCCGCCGGGACACGCACACGCUCGUGGACGGGAGGAGCCAACUGCCACGCGAUGACACUAAAAGUGACUUCUAUAUCAUGAUGAAACGGAGGAGCCGACUAAACGUCACUUCUGUAUUAAGGCUUGCUCCGUUAUGAGGAAAUUUGCUGACAACCGUGCACGUUAUCUAGUCCAGACAGCUGUAGACCUUUUCCGUGUUUCCUGUUCGCGGAACAUAAAUUUAUUCUUUCACCAACGUGUAACGAUGGUGAUGCUGGUGCUAACCGAAAUUUGUCGUGAAGAAAGUCGUGGAGUCUUGAGGAUUUAUCGUGUACCGGUUUUCCAGGACAUUUGCGACUCACUCAGUGGCAACUGUACAGGAAGUUACAACUGUAUUGUGGUUUUGACUGAAAGUGACUUCGAGGUUUUCUCCUCUGCAGAUGCUUCAUCGGUUCUGGCACUCGCAGGCCUUCAUCCGUUCCGACAACAACGGACAACUUCCACAUUUCCCGUUAUCAGGGCAUCAGUACUUUUUUUAAGAUCGGAUGAAGUUUGUGCUGUUAUGUUUCAGUUGUUGCUCACUAUUGGGAAGAAUUUGGUGAAAAGUGUGUGGUUACUCACAGCCACAAGUAAGCUACACUCUGCUCAGUUGCGACCAAAGCACACCGCUGAUUCUCAGUAAACUGGCUACCGAUAGCAAGUUGCUAGCGCAGAUUGAGAUGUGGGCUUGUCUGUGACGCGACAGAAUGCUAUGUCAAAGUUAUCUAAUCUCUUGAGGCCUUCUAGCUUUUGAAUCAGUGGCUGACAUUCAUGCUUUUACUUGUCAGGGCAGCAGUGCACUAGGGAAUGAUCAAUUUCAUAAAGAUCUUGUGAGCAUUUAAGCUGGCAUUUGUGUUUUCCAUCGUUUACAGGAUUAUAAAGAUGUGAUAUGUGAGCUUCCAGGACUUUUCAAGAGGCUCAAUGGCAGGCUAUAGCAGACCAAUAGUUGUUGAUUUAUAGUGGCCUGACAUUGAGAUACUCGUGAGUGCAUUUAGAAGAGUGGAUCCAACUGCUUUGCGAAGAGUUUACGGAAUAUUACAGCAUUCUCUUCUGUCCUAAGGCUUUCUUGGUUCUGACAUGGUAGUAGACACCCAUUCUCAAAAUCCUAUCCGAAAUUCUGAAAUGCAACAGGGAACUUUCAAACUUAUUUUCCUUUGCAUUUAAUGAAAUUGAGAUAUUUCGGUGUCUAUCUUAUUUUUAUUCUUCUUGGUUUGUUUUUUAAUCCAAGUUUUUUGUAAGCAAACCUUUAAACUUUCCUCACAAAUGAAAGCUACAAGUUUUUCAUCGAUCUUUAUUAGUUCGGGAUGUAAUUAAAACACAGAUAGAAACUGUAAAUUCAUGUAUACGAUAUGUGGAGAAGGAAAAACAAUGUUAUUUGACAUUAAUGCGUAAAUGCUCCUGAUUAUCACUAGUGCUGUAACCAUGUACAAUGAGGUACGCUGUAACCCUGUUUUGUGGGAUGCUUUUUAACGAUCACAUUCACCACACAAUAUAUAUUUGAAGUGGAAGGUUACGAAUCAGUUUGUACGUCUGCUGGGUUACAUGAGCGUAUACAGUAAACUUUGUGACAUCAUUACAUUAUUAUUACAGUGGACGUAAUGGUUAUCUCUGUUAUUUACUAUUUUACGCUUACAAACAUUUUUCAGUACGUACCUACUGGGUUUGUGAUUUUUUUUUAUGUAUCAAGUUCGGGUAAAAUAAAAUAGUGUACUUUGAAGUUUGUUAUAUUACACUUAAGAGUGAUCCAGUGUUUCUUUGUACACAGUUACUAAAGUUCAAAGAAGCUUCUUUGUUCGAAAAAAUGUCAGACUUAUACUUAAAAUGUUUUUGCUUCGAAUAUGAAUACACUAAAGAGAAGGUGAAUACUAAUUUCCCUCCCCAAAUGUUAUUUUCUUCAUUAUUAUUUUUCUGUUAAUUGUUUAUGCCAUGUACAGGAGCUAAAAUAAGCAACCAAUUUAAAAUGCACUUCGUAAAUUAAAGCUAUCUCAGCUAUCAUCUUUGUUGAUUUUUUACUCGUUAAAGAUGAAUAUUCGAAUAAUUUUUAAACGGGAAUUUUUUUCUUGCGCUUAUAAAUUUAUGGAAUGCUGAAGCGUAACAUUUUAUAAUUAAAAUCCUUUCAUUGUAAAUCCUAAAAUAAUUGCUGCAAACAGUUUAGUUCUAAGUUUUAAAUAGCGUGAACAUAAUUAAACAAAGAAAAAUAAAUAUUGUAGCAGUAAGGUAUUUUCCUAUGUAAAUAUUUUCUUUAUGAAUCAAAUUCGUUCUCAUUUUAAAGGAAAACAUUUUUUGUUAACAUUUUUUUUUUUUAUGUGUUUCCAUUUUAAGUAUACCCCAAAAUUGCCGCACAAUAUAUAUCUGAAAAAUAUCAUGGACCCAUGACUUUAUAUAAGUUACAAAAAAGUUAUCAGACCUAAUGUAUCAGUGAUAUAUAUUUUUCGAGUAACUUAAAUUUAUACAUCACUCAUAAUAGGUGCUCUAAUCGACAAAUUCUUUAUCUUGUUUUUUUAAAGAAUAACUAAAAGGUUAUGAAAUUCGGAUCCUGAAUGUAGUUUUAAAUAAAAGGUGCCUGUGUCCUAAAUUAAUUGUCGAUUAACUGUAAGUAGUUGCCACUGUAACGAGUGAAAAAACUUUAAUAAUAAAUUUAAUUCAAUGUUACAUACGAACAUUCGAUGAAGAGCUAAGUGAACUUAUAGUGAUUUUAUUAUGACUUGAAGUCAACUAUAAUAAACAUAUUUUGCUAACUAGAACGAAGAUAAUUAGGCGCAAGAACUUAUAUUUGGUGGCAUAUUUGCUGUCACACAAUGUUUGUGGAAAGGUAUUCUCAUACCGGCAAUUGCAUGCAUGCCAGAGUAAACCGUUACUUUGUUAUUAAAAGUUUCAUGUCUUCAUAAUGUGCUCUAAGGUCGUAGACCUAAAUAACGUUUCUUUGUCUUUUGUGGUUUUCACUGUACAUAACACACUUUUGUACAAAUAUCUUCUUUAUAGCGCAAUGUUGUAAAGAUUGCGACAAAAACGUUUUAACAUUAAAAAAAAGUACGUAACAUUUUUUGCAGAGUAUAUUUUAAUAUUAACAGAUGCCUUCCUGAAUGUUAACAUACGAUUUUCAUAAAUAGAUUACUUUGUCUCUGUUUGUAUCUAAUGCGUUGUUUUUCCUUACUAGAUAGAAUAUGUGAGAUUUGUAAUAUUUCUUGUAAAGAAAUCGUCUAUGUAAAUACAGGGUGGCGACCAACCGGGAAAACCGGGAAAACCGGGAAAAGUCAGGGAAUUUUGCCAGCAGGGAAAAGUCAUGGAAAAGUCAGGAAAUUUUUAAAAUAGUCAGGGAAAAAAUUAAAUCUUGUCUAAAGUUCCUGCUGCAGCAUUUUACAGCUUAAUAUUAUUCAUAAUCUUUGUUAAUUUGUUAAUUGUAUGUAGCGAAUUAUUAACUGAAAUUCUGAAUACUAUAUUUUAUACGAAGUUUGACAUUUUAAUGAAGCCAUUUUUGAUGUCGCGGGUCCAUGAAAAACUCUGCUGUGUCUGCGUUGCUGAUAACAGCUGGCUGGCGUGCGCGCGCAUGCAUUGUAUUGCCACCAUAGUCAUGGUACGUGUACCAAAUUGUUCUAUGCUUACUAGUUUUAUAGCUCAUAGUACACCGAGAUGACCGAAAUAGUUUUAUUUUUGUUUCUCGUAUUAUUGGCAACUAUGGUACAAGUACACGAACGUUUUGGGAUGAAAACGUGAGUGCUUUUUUUUGUUGCCAGUCUUGUUGUGUAGUGCUUCUCUACGUUUUACUUUUCAGAUGUACUAUUUAUUUUAUUUUGCUGUCCUCUUUGUGUAAACGUUUUGAAUAGUGGCGUGUACAUGUUUUCAGUAUUAUUUAUUAAGCUAGUCGGGCUUUGUUCUGAAGAUAAAAAGGAGAGAAUAGAAGUAGUAGACAAAGAUGGGGGGAAAAAAAUGUGCGCGGGAUCAGAUAUGAACGUGUGGGCUUGGGAAGAAUAUUGCCGUUGCUGAAAGCUAAGAGUAAAGG